UUCCAAAUUCAUUUACAUGAAAAAACAAUAUAUGGAUCGUCGAUCUGCUUAAAAUUGGAGCAAAACAAUCCACUGCGAAUUCAGAAAGAUUCCUGUUAGGGUUUUUCUGAUCCGUCCUCCUCACCAGUGCUUCAAUCCCCACUCUCUCGACAUGGCUGCGCCCUUCUUCUCUACUCCGUUUCAGCCUUAUGUCUAUCAGAGUCAACAAGCUGCUAUGAUUCCUUUCCAGAUUAUGGGUGGUGAAGCACAGGUGGUUCAGAUAAUGUUGAAACCGCAAGAAAUGGUUGUUAUGCGACCAGGUGCCAUGUGUUUCAUGUCCGGGUCCAUUGAAAUGGUGAACAUUUUUAUGCCUGAAAAUGAAGUAGGAAUGUGGCAUUGGCUUUUUGGCAAGACUAUUACCAGUGUAGUCAUUCGUAAUACUGGUUCAAGCGAUGGAUUUGUUGGGAUUGCUGCACCUUUACUGGCGAGAAUUCUCCCGAUUGAUUUGGCUAUGUUCGGUGGAGAAAUUUUGUGCCAGCCAGAUGCAUUCCUUUGCUCCAUCAAUGAUGUUAAUGUGAAUGUUGCGGUUGAUCCAAGGGCGCGUAAUGUGAUGGGUAGUGCAGAGGGAUUUCUGAGACAAAAACUAACUGGGCAAGGGCUUGCAUUCAUUGUUGCUGGUGGAUCUGUUGUACAGAAGAAGCUUGAUGUUGGAGAGGUACUAACUGUGGAUGUUUCUUGUAUCGCCGCCGUUAAUUCCACUGUCAAUGUUCAAAUAAAGUAUAACGGUCCUCUCAGAAGGGCUGUCUUUGGCGGAGACAAUAUGGUAACAGCUACCCUAACGGGACCAGGGAUCGUGUUCAUCCAGAGUUUGCCCUUUCAACGUUUUUCCCAGCGCAUUGCAAGGGCAGUGACAUCUCCAAACAUGAGAGAGAACCCCAAGUUCUUUGUUCAGAUAGCUAUCUUCUUUAUCCUGGCAUAUGUUGUGAUUGUAUCCUCCUUGAUCUUGACUGAUGUAUGAUAUGAUAGCCUUUGUUCCCCCUUUUUCAUAUUCGUUCUCUUUCAAAUUAACCAUUCCUCUUCGGGGAAAACACUGAACAGCAUAGUUAGAGUGCAUCAAAUCAUAGUGCCAUUGCCAUUACGGUUGCCAGUUUUAACAGAAAUUGAUAGAUAUAAUCAUUAUGGUUUUGCGUUCGAUUUCAUUCGUUCGAGUUGGUUCGUCGCAGUGCAGGUAAUCGAUGUAAAAUAUGAUAUAUGGAUUUGGAUAGGUCAUGUAAUAUGAUGUAUACAUUUAGUUUGAAGUGGAUUUGGUCGUUGCUGCAUGUGGAUGUUCCCUUAUCAGGAUUGCCUUUUCCCUGUUUAUGAAUCAGCCAUAUUCGUGGAAGAGAUGACUUCAUUUGGGGGUAUAGUAAGAACACCAUACAAACGAAGCAGAUCAGGCCAAACGUCUUUGGUGUAGUGAAACUAACAAUUUCUACCUCUCAUUUUCAUAUAGGUCUUCAAAUCAUUGUAUGCCUCCAAAACCUAAAUGCUUUGGCUGGCUACGAUGUCCCAACUCGUACCUCUAUCAUUUAUUGUCGGUUCAAUUCAUGUUCGCUUAGGAGAAACAAAUGUGCU